AUGUCUGGCCCUGGGUCAGAGACCUCUGAUGGUCGGUCGAUGCAGUCUAGGACUGGAAGAAAUAAGCAAAGGUACAAUUCAAAAGGCGAGAGACUAGUCGCAGGCGUCGUCCCCUUAAGCCCCGAUCAGAACUUUGUUCUUCUUAUACAGUCGACUCGGCGCAAAGGAUGGGUUCUCCCAAAAGGAGGGUGGGAGACCGACGAGUCUUGCCAAGAGGCGGCUACACGUGAGGCCUGGGAGGAGGCUGGUAUUACAAUUCAAAUUGACUAUGAUCUUGGCAUCAUUGACGAAAAACGGCCCCCAAAGUCGUCCAAGGACAGGUCAAGAUAUUCUUUUUUCCAGGCUACCGUCCUCAGUGAAGUUGAGGACUGGCCGGAGAGGCAUAAGCGAGAGCGUCAGUGGUUUACCUACACCCAAGCUCUCGAUGCCUUGGCGACCAGACCUGAGCUGCAGGAAGCGCUCCAGCGGUCUACUAUGAACCAGCUGUAG